AUGUUAAAGAUCGUAUACUAUGGACAAGCAGUGAUCUGCUUCGUUAAGUUCAUUCAGUAUGGAGGUCUCGCUGGAAUUUUUCAGCUUAUUAACCUCUGGGUGAUCUACUCAGCAUUUGCAACAAUGCAUUUCUGUAGUGUGCUGAUCUAUCUGAUCAUGUGCAUCUUUGAUCUGCUCUUUGCAGUCAUGGACUGGAAGAAAUAUGAAACAAAAAACUCUGAAGAUCCAGAUAAGGAGUCAAGCAUCGUAAUGCAGUUCCUCUUCAUAGUGCAGAUCGUGUACUUUAUAAUAGCCAUAUACUUUUCUUACCGUGCUUACAGCCACUUUAAGAUUUUGUUCUUUAUACAGCUAGGAAGAUUCAGCAAUGGAGCAAACAGAGAGUUUGAUGAUACCGACAGUGAUGAGGAAAGAGAUAGUUAAUACCAAAGGGAGCAGAGAGUUAUGAGAGAAAAUUUCAUAAGGCAGCAGCAGCUGUAACUUAGAAAUGCUGCCGCGGCAUAAGGGGGCCUUAACCAUGGAAUUGAACACAGAGCACCCGCAGUCUAGCAGCCAUUAAAUCAAAGCCAGCAGUAGCAUCAAUAGCAAGUGCCAUAUCAGCCUCCAAGCACUCUAAAUCACAUCCCCAAAAUCAUUCACCAUGAUUUCACAUAAAAGCCUCCAUUGAGCUAGUAGAGACAGUAAACUCUUGGAGGACUGAGCAGCAUUUAAAGCCAACAGACAUAAAACUAAAACAUGAAUGGGUACCCUAGCUUAAACAAUCUUGGUGGUGGAAAUAACAAUAGCACAAGAGAUAGCAAUGGUAGUGGAUUCACUCCAUUUGGUGGUCAAGGCCAUAGACUUCAAUGA